UUCAUCAUGAGCACCAACCACAAGUCACGGCCUCGUUAUUUACAAGAGUUACCGAUGAUACCCAUCGACGAAAUAUAUGCCAAAAGCUUUCGUUGGAAUCGAACUGGUUGUUAUGCACUGUACAAUGAUGACCAUCUCCUUUGCUAUGUUGGGUAUACCAAGAAUUUACAAAAGAAGAUUGCUUUUCAUGCCAAACUGCAACCAAACCAGUGUAAAUUUUUCAAAGCCUAUGUGGUAGAUAACCCCAAAGUUUCUGCCAGUUUCUUAGAAAAAAUACUCGACUCGUGGUUGUUAGAAUAUGGCAGUGUGCCACCUGGAAACAGCUCAGAGCGUCAUUUAUGGGAAGGUAAAAGGGAUAUCGAUAGGAAAGGCGUGGUACUGUUGAAGAAAAGGUACAAAGCACAAGGGCUGAUAGUACAACGAGUUCUAGAGUUAACGACUUUUUCGAUGGAAAAGAUCCCUUUGCGCUUCGGUCAAAAUUUUCCAAAAAUAUGGAACGCGAAGAUUAUUUACAAACCUGGAUUCCUUUGGCAACCGUCGUUGGAUUAUCGGUUUUGUUGUGGUUGAUGGGUUUGGUGACGACUUCACUUCAACCGGAUACGUUAGGACUGUAAAAGUUGUGGGAUACUGGGAAUGAUGAUGG